UACUGAGCCGACAAUAACUAAAUGAUGGCUUAGUACGUGCUCUUAGAUUUUUGUUCUUUCUUGUUCUUUGGGAAAUAAAAUAUGGCUUCUCCAGCAGUCGCUUCGAAGUUCUGUCUUUUUAGAAAAGUGUUGCUGUUUAGUAGAUUGGCAACAAAAACAUGUGUUUAUGAUGCUGGGAUGAAGAGAUCUCUCGCUACCCACGCUCAGCCUGAAAAACUGACUGUCAGGGUUCAACAGAAUGGAAUAAGAAAUAUAAUUCUAAAUAACCCCAAGAAAAGAAAUGCUUUGUCGCUUUCCAUGCUGAACUCUCUCCAGACUGACAUUCUACACGAGAUAGAAAGAGAGGACCUCAGAGUUAUCAUUAUUUCAGCUGAAGGGCCUGUUUUUUCUUCAGGUCAUGAUUUGAAGGAGCUUACCUCCACACAAGGGAGGGAGCAUCACAGCAAGGUGUUUGAGGCCUGCGCACAGGUCAUGACCUUGAUUCAAGAUAUACCUGUGCCAGUUAUUGCCAAGGUAAAUGGCAUGGCCACGGCUGCCGGAUGCCAACUUGUUGCCAGCUGUGAUAUUGCAGUGGCUUCUGAAAAAUCCAUGUUCGCCACCCCAGGAGUAAACAUUGGGCUGUUCUGUUCAACACCUGCUGUUGCAAUUGGCAGAGCAGUGCCAAGAAAGGUAGCUUUGGAAAUGCUCUUUACUGGUGCACCAAUAUCUGCCCAAGAUGCCUUACUCCAUGGCCUGGUUAGCAAGGUGGUGCUGGAGGAGAAGCUAGAAGAAGAGACCUUGAAGAUUGCUCAAAAGAUAUGUGACACAAGCAGGCCUGUAGUAUCUCUUGGCAAAGCUAUGUUUUACAGACAGAUGGCCCAGGGACGCAACACAGCUUACCGCAUGGCCUCCCAAGCCAUGGUGGACAACUUGGCAUUGAAAGACGGACAAGAGGGGAUUAAGUCCUUUAUUGAGAAGCGCCAACCUGUGUGGACUCACACCACUGACAAAGCACACAAAUAGUACAGAAAGCACACUGCUUCAUUUUGUGUUUAAAUAAUAUCAUUGUAAGCACUUUAUUAUAAUUUUCAGGAUUUCUUUAAGUAAUUUAAAGAACAUGCUGGUUUAAUGCAAACAAAUUUGUGUUUUUUUGUGGGGUUUUUUUCUAAUCAAUUGUGUGUAGUGUAUUUGUUUUGAAAGAGUUAUAGAGACUUGUGUUUCACAGUACUUCAUUUAAAUGGAAGGAAAGUAAAACCUGCUACACAUGUUUCAGAAGGGUUGAUGCUGAAUUUAUUUUCUGUCAUUUAAAUUGUUUUUGUAAAAACAUAGCUGUUUACUAUGUGUAUCGUUGGUAUUUAUGUACCAACGUUCUUUGUUCUAUCAAAAAUGCAUUUCAAGGUUUUGUUUAGUUUUAAAAAAGAAAAAAAAGACAGGGAGAAUGUUGCAUCCGAAUCUUACAUUUUUAUUUUCCUUCUACUUUUAGCUGCUAGGGUGGCUUCCCUGGAAAGAUUAAAAGAGAGAUAAACACCAUAUUAAAUCAAUUACCAUGACCAAACUUUUCACUGGUCCCCUUUUUAUUGUUUUAAAAUAUUUAAAUUCCUUAGCCCUUAACCACAUCCACAGGCAUCCCAUUCUAAGGCACCGUAAGCGUCCAUUCUGGAAAGAAAAACUAAAAAGCCAGUUCCUUUUCUCACCACAAGGUGGUGGUGCUGCUGCGCUAGUAAUUGAAGCCUAAUGCCAAUGCAGUACAUUAUUUGGGUGCAGUACAGUAUGUUCUGAAUACAUACACAAAUGCAAAU